GUGCACCGACUCUGCCUCUCGUUAUGGCACUAUCCUUAAAGCUCUCACGCUCGCGUGUGGUUAGUAUUCUUCCUCCACCGCGGGCCGUGAGAGAGAGAGAGAGAGAGAGAGAGAGAGAGGGCAGCUGGUACAGUUAACAGUUCAGCAAGCACAGACCUUAAAGCUCGUACACGCUACACGCCACCACCCCAUCGCUGCCUUCCCCAACCCUGUCGGUCGACAACUCGCCCUCGAGCUACCCUCGCUACUCGUCUCUCCGGGGAUGAUGAAGCCCGGAGGUGUCAUCGUCUCAUCCAGCCCAGGGAGGGAGAAGCUCCCGGCGCCGCCCGGCCUGCUCUCCCGCAAGGCCAGCGGUAGCCGGAGCCGCGGCCGCUCCGCCUCCGCCGCCCGGUCCAGCCCCAUGUUCGUGUCCCGCAGCGGGAGCCUCGGCCGCUCGUCCUCGGCGGCGGCUACGGCCGCGGAGGAAGGGGAGCCCUCGUCGCCCAAGGUCACCUGCAUCGGUCAAGUCCGGAUUCGGAGCAAGAGGUCGGCCAAGCCGAAGACGCCCAAGUGCAAGAAGGCGAGAAGCAAGUCGUCUCUGAUGCCGUGCCGGUGCUUCCAUGGGGCUCUUCUCUGCAGCCUGUUCGCCGUCCGGAAGAGGCCCACGGGGGGUAAAAGCGGCGGGGGAGGCCGACGGUCGCUGUGGCGAGGAUGGGCUCGUAUCCGAACCGGCGGGAGUUGGGCGUACAAGCAGCGGAACCCCGAACCGGUCAGGCGGCCACCACCGACGGAGUUCGUCGGAGAUGGGAAAGCGACGCCGGAUCGAGAAGAGGUUGAGGACGUGGAGGAGACAGCUGCGCCCGAGCAGGAGGAGACCAGGGUAUUCGUACCGCCAAAGAACGCACUCCUACUGAUGCGAUGCCGAUCCGCCCCGCACAACCGGGCGUCCUCACUCGCCACCGCUCGAUUCGCGGGGCCCCCCCUUCCGACCCCGGAACCUCCCGCAGCGGAGCAGCAGGAGGUGGCCACGGAAGCGAGUGGCCGAGGCGAGGAGCAGCAACAGCAGGAAGAGGGGGACGCGGAAGACGACGUCGAAGCGAGGGGAUCCGAGUCGCAGCGGCCGCUGGUGCUGCCGAGGAGCAAGUCGGAGCCCGCUCGGCGGACGUCGGCGAAGCUAGCGCUCCCGGAAGCGUCGUACUGCUUCUGGACCAGCAGCAACAGCAGUGGCGGCCGGCGUCGUCGCCCGAGCCCCUCUCCGGAGGAGCGGGGCUCCCUCGCCGACGCGUAAUCCUGGCGCGCGAAUCUUAAAGACUCCAAGGCCUUCACUGACCUGUAACCCAGGGCGCGAAUCAUAAAGACUCCAAGGCCUUCACUGAUCUGUAACCCCCUCUGGGCGCGAAUCUUAAAGACUCUUGAGACCAUGAAUUUGAUGUUGAUGUGGCUUGUGCUCACA